AUGCGGCAGCAGCUGCCGCGGGAGCUGCGACGGCGGCGAGGGGCGGGGAGACGGGGCGGAGCUCGGGGGGCGGGCCCGGGGCGGGGCCGGGGCCGCGUGCCGUUGCUGCCACCGCCUCCGCCGCCGCCGCCGCCGCCGCCGCGGAGGCGCCUGCUCCGGCUCCGGCUCCGGCUCCGGCUUCGGCUCCGGCUCCCGCCCCCCGGCCUCCGGCUCUCGCCCCGGCUUCCGAGCGGCGGCUGCGAGCGCGGACAGCGGCCACGGCCACGGCGGCGGCUUCCCCGGCGGAACGAGGCAGGCCCGGCGGCUGGCCGGCCGGCGCGUGGGCAGGGCGCGCGGCCCCGACAGGGCGCUGGGCUCCGGGAGCGCGGCGGCGGCGGCGGCGGGGACGGCGGCGGGGGGCUGCGGGGGACGGCGCGGGACGGCGAGGGGCGGGGCCGGAGCCGCCGGCUGCAGAACCUUGGACAGAAGCUUGAGCCCAAGCCCGGAGCCCCGCGCGUCUCCGCGGCCCCCCGCGCGCCCCCGCACCCCCGCACCCCGCGCCACCGUUGCCGCCGCUGCCCCCGCUGCCCCCGCUGCGGCGGGCGGGCGGGCCACAGAGGGAGCGGCCCCGGGUGCGCACUGCGGAGGGCGGGAGCCGAGCCAGCUCCGAGGAGGAGCCGCGCUGCGCCGCCACUGCCGCCGCCGCCGCCACCGCUGCUGCAGUCGCGGGGGCCGCGCUCCCGAUCUGAAGGGGGCCGCUUUUCAUCGGUGUCCAGCCCCUCCCUGAGUCCCCACCCCCAAUCCAGGGGCGCCUAAGGAGAGGGUGUUCUUGAAGGGGUUCUGGCCCUGGCAGGCCGGGCACCCGGGUGGACUGUCCCUGCC